AUGGCCAAGAAUUUCACAAACGAUUCUUUCAACUUCGCUCAUCUACAUGAUGAGUUAGGCCGGUUGGUGGAAGUUUAUAUCGUUACUAUCUUGCUCUCUGUUGUCAUAUUUAUUACAUUGGUGGGGAACACAUUUGUAAUUGCUGCCAUUUUUAUAUACAGACCAUUACGAAAUGUUCAGAAUUUCCUAGUGAUUUCAUUGGCUUUUGCUGACAUGGCCGUUGCAACGAUAGUCAUGCCGUUUCAUAUAACAAACACCAUUGCUGGGACGUGGACGUAUGGCUCAGAGUUCUGUGAUGUGUGGCUUACAUCGGAUAUUUUACUUUGUACAGCCUCUAUUUUCAAUAUUUGUGGUAUUGCUUUGGAUCGUUAUUUUGCAAUUCAUGAUCCUAUCAACUAUGCCCGAAGGCGGACGAUAAAACUUGUGUUGUUAAUGAUUGUCCUGAUUUGGUCACUUGCAGCGAUUAUAUCAGUGCCACCAUUACUUGGUUGGAGUGACACCGGAAGUCUAUACGACAGCGAUGCCAAAAUAUGUCAUCUAACUGAAGAACUAGGUUUUGUUGUUUAUUCAGCAUGUGGUUCAUUUUUUAUACCUCUGGCGAUUAUGUCAUUUGUUUAUUUAAAAAUAUUCUUAGCAACAAGAGAAAGGCUACGGAAGCGGGCUCAAGCGUGUGCAGCUUCAAAAUUAGUAGUAUUAAAUGGAAAAUCUAACACUCCUGAAGUCCAAAUAGAUUUGGUGUCUAAUGAAAGUAACAAUGAUACUGCUGAAACGAGAACACCGAGUAUGCAUCCUUCACCUCUACUGGGGAGACCCGCUACUGCUAAUAGCUCAUCUCAGAAACUGGAACAGUUUUUCAAGGAAAGACAGAAAAUAUCACUCACAAAAGAAAAGAAAGCAGCACGAACACUUGGAAUGAUAAUGGGUGCAUUCAUAUUUUGUUGGCUGCCAUUUUUUUCUGUAUAUCUAUUGAACCCAUUCUGUAAAGAGUGCGGCUUAAGAGGAUCGUACUUGGAAUUGGCUUUAGUUAUUCUUGGGUAUGUUAACUCCUGUUUAAAUCCCAUUAUUUACACGAUCUUCAAUGUGGAUUUUAGAAACGCUUUUCAGUAUAUGUUUCGGAAGUUUUGUCGUAGACAACCGAAUCUCCGUCAAUCUAGAACACCACGUCGCGCUCAGCUGUGA